GGGAAGAGCGGUGCGUGCGCACUGGCGAAGAGGGAGAUGAAAGUCGUUUACCACUUUGCUUCGCACCAUAGGAGCUUCAGAAACCGAGGCACAUAACUUUUUUUUUGGUUAAUUUCACGGUCUUAACGGAUGCCCCUGGACAGUGGAAACCAGGGUUAGCCUCUCUUGCUCCUUCAAGUAGGCUACUUUCUUUGGGAUGGGCUAUUUUCAUAACGUCAUUUCAUUCCUCCCUCUUUUUCAUUUUCUCUUUCUUUGAUUCUUUCUCCCACCAUUUCCUAAAUGGAACAGAUUGCAGCACCCCACGCGUUUUCCUGCCUGCAAAGUUUGGUUUCAAACGUGUACAGAGUUUGCGCGUUCUCUUUUGCCGGGCGUCUCUAGAUUUAACGGACUCGAAGUGGAAGUCAGAAGUGGCGGCGGUGGAAGUGUUAAUCAUGAUGAGCCUUACCAUGAUUAACUGUGAAAAAUGAUCCACUAACUUGUCGGUGUUUUGCCACAUUUCAAGUCACGCGCUCCCCUUUCAGCAUGAUGUAUUCUCCUCUCUGUCUAACUCAGGAUGAAUUCCAUCCGUUCAUCGAGGCGCUGCUGCCACAUGUGCGUGCCUUCGCCUACACCUGGUUCAACCUGCAGGCCCGUAAGCGCAAGUAUUUCAAAAAGCACGAGAAGCGAAUGACCAAGGAUGAAGAGCGUGCCGUCAAGGAUGAGCUCUUGGGCGAGAAACCCGAGGUCAAACAGAAGUGGGCGUCGCGCCUCCUUGCCAAGCUCCGCAAAGAUAUCCGGCCUGAGUGUCGGGAGGACUUUGUGCUGUCCAUCACGGGGAAGAAACCUCCAAGUUGUGUCCUCUCGAACCCAGACCAGAAGGGGAAGAUGAGGCGUAUUGAUUGUCUGCGGCAGGCGGAUAAAGUCUGGCGUCUGGACCUGGUGAUGGUGAUUCUGUUCAAGGGCAUCCCGCUGGAGAGCACGGACGGGGAGCGGCUGGUCAAAGGAGGCCUGUGCUCCAAUCCCAUCCUCUGCGUCCAGCCUCAUCACAUCACUGUGUCCGUCAAAGAGCUGGACCUCUACCUCGCCUACUUUGUGCAGGAGAGAGAGGCUGAACAGAGCAGUAGUCCUCGCACAGGCAUUGGUUCAGAUCAAGAGGACAGUCGAGCAGCCACCUUGGAUGCUCCAGAGUUUCAAGAUAGCUUCAUAACUUCAGGCGUCUUCAGUGUAACAGAACUGGUGCAAGUAUCAAGAACACCGGUGGUGACGGCUACGGGGCCGAACUUUUCUCUCGGAGAGCUGCAGGGUCAUCUUGCUUAUGAUCUGAACCCUUCAGGGGUGGGAAUGAGGAGAACCCUUCCCAGCACCUCCUCUAGUGGAAGUAAGAGACACAAGUCAGGAUCCAUGGAGGAUGAUAUAGACACCAGCCCAGGGGGCGAGUACUACACUUCUCCCAACUCCCCUGCCAGCAGUUCACGCAACUGGCCAGAGGAGAUGGAAGGAGGAAUCUCCCCUACAGUUAAGAAGACAGAGAUGGAUAGUCCAUCUCCUCAGGAGAGCUCUCCACGUCUCGGCUUCACACAGCACCACAGACCUGUCAUUGCAGUGCACAGCGGUAUUUCUCGGAGUCCACAUCCCUCCUCGUCUCUGCACUUCCCUGGCGCUCCCAUUCUCCCCCAGACUGCCUCCACCUACUUCCCGCACACGGCCAUCCGGUACCCCCCGCACCUCAGCUCUCAAGACCCGCUCAAGGAUCUUGUCUCUCUGGCCUGUGACCCGUCCAAUCAACAGCCCAGCCCGCUGAAUGGCAGUGGUCAGGUGAAGGUAUCCAGUCACUACAUCUCCUCUCAGAUGCUGGCCCCCCCGCUACCCCCUGGCCUGCCUCGUCUGACGCUGCCCCCAGAGUCCAAAUCCAGCACCACCUCUGCAGAUGCAGCUGCCAGCUCACCCACCUCCCCCACAUACUCUGCUCCCGGGACGCCACCUGCCAACCGCUCCUUCGUAGGAAUUGGUUCUCGAGACGCUAGCAGUCUGUAUCAGGCACAGUCCUGGUAUCUGGGGAACUGAUCAUCACACACACGCAGACGAACCCGAGGAGGCACAGACAUGGAUUUGAAAAAUAAAUUUUUGGUGGAAUUUACAAGAAAAAAAGUUGUGAACGAGAUGCAAGAGGGAAAAUCAGAUAUAUAUGCAGUAUUUUUAUAUAUACACACACACGCAUAUAUAUAUAUAUACACAAUAUGUGUGUAUAGAUAUAUGUGCACACAUAUUUAUAUAUGCAUAACAACGUACAGUAUAAGAUGCUUCAAUACACUUUUUUUUUUUUUUUUGAAAAGACAAUGGAAAUGGAUAAGAGCGUGAGAGAAUGGCCAUAGAUGGAACAGAAGAAAAGGAGACAAAAGAGGAGGAUUUUUUUGUUUUUCUGGGAGGGCAGCCCAAACUAUGACAUAUAUUGACGGACGUGUCAAAAAGGCCCACUCUGCCUCCUGGAAUGCCUCUCCUCAAUCUUCUCCUCAAUCCUCUCCUUCUGCUACAGGUGCUGCUUCCUCCUAUAUGCAAAAUAAGUAUCCUUUAUUUUCUUAACAAACAGGGAAGAGAAACCCCAAUGAAAGGGUUUUUCUGCUAGCAUUUCACCACAGGUUUGGAGGUGAGCGCGGUCUGUUUUUAUUCUUUUUUUUUAAGUGCGCAAGGCAACACGAUAUGGAAAAGGAAAGGAAAAGGUCGAUGCUUCCAUUCACAUGACAUUUUGGAAAAAGAAAAGAAACGAAAAGGCUACUUUUCAUCCAGUUUUAUUGACAAUCAUGUAUCUGCGUCCUUGGUUUCAUUCGGAGGGUGAUGUUUUCUAAAUUGCAUUCUCCACCGUUUUUAACGGAGUCCACUUUUUGGUGGAAGCCUGUCAUUUUUUGUACAUCAGAGGAAUAUUAGUGGUACCUCAGUGACAUUAUACAUAACAGUCAGCGUCUAUACACACAUGCGCACACACUUACAUGUAAACACACCUAUCUUGAGGCAAUGGCAUGUACUGUUAAAGGCUACAUGAGGUGUGUGUGAGCUGUGAAGCAGCCUUCAUAGGAUGAGCCAGGGAAUAGCAGGGGGGAAUUAGCACCUUUCUCUCUUCGCAAUAUGAAAGCCCCUCAUUCCCUGGACCCUGCUGUAAGUGUGUGUGCAUGUGCAUCUGUGUGUUUGUGCGUGUCAUAAACAUUGGUAGACCCUUAUUCAUCUCUGUGAGUUCACAGAUUAGGGGGUUUUGAUUCAUGUAGAUACGUGGAUUUUUCCGCAUAGUGACAAAGGGAGUUGAAAUAUAGUUCUGUCAUUACUUAGACAGUAUUGGGUGUAGAGGAUAGAAUUUUUUGUUCUCUAUGUGGAAUUUGUUUAAAUUCAUUGGAAAUUACAGGCAUUGCACUACUUAAAAAAAAAAAUUUCUCUCUUUUUCAAAUUCCUGUUCGGCCUAAUCAUAUGGAAUGCUGCGAGUCGAUUAUUUUUGUCAUGUUCUGAUCUCGCGAUAGAUGAGGGUUGGUUUCCUAGUAGCUAAGAAGCUGAUCAGAACAAUCCAACAUUUUCUAUGUAAAUGUGUCCAUGUUUAUGUGAUUACUUUUAUACAACUCCCAUAGUUUAAGAAGAAAAAAAACAUGCUUUUUUUCCCCCACAUUUCUAAUGCAAGAAACUAUGACUGUUUUUAUUUUGAAGCAGAUUAUACACUUAAAUCCGUAGGAACGUCAAUGAUUUGGAUGUCUGAUGUGAGACGGGCUGUAAUGCCCUACGACGAAAAUACAAAUGGAAGUGAGUGGCUAUGCUGCCCAUCCCAGAGUACAUUGGGAGGUGGACGCCUACGACCAGCAUGUCUCUGGUUGGUUGCCUCAGAAAUGGGUUAUUCUGCACUCUGAGAUGUGUUGAUUUGUACUAAUGAAAUAACAUCAGGGCUUAAUCUACAACGCUACCGAACCCAAAUCACAAAGCCAUGAAAAGUGCCUGAGACAUUGUGAGAUUUUCAUUUGAAUUAUUAUUUUUUAUUUUUUUUACCUUGGAUGUUUUGCUUCAUCUGCUGUGGGUUGUUGUUGUUCGAGGGGUUGUUUUUAUGCCCAGUGAGAUAUUUUAAAAGGCCUAACAAGCCCCCAAGCCCCUCAUCAGCUGCAUGGGCUUAGCCACAGGAAACGCAGACGGCUGAACAAAACACACACGCACCCUUAUAAUCUGCCAGAACAUGACAAAAUCAGCGCAUAUCAGUGCUUUACUAGGUACCCUCACAAACACACACACACCGAUAUUAUAUAAUAUCCACAAACUCUGGUUGCUUUAGCUAACCUUUUAUAAUGGCUUUGCAUAGACAUUCUAUUGAGUUAACCAUAGUAAGGCCCAGAAUACAUACGACAUGACUUGUUUUAAUGGUGCUGAUAUGAAAAUUAUAUGGAAAUCUCUAUAUAUGAAUUAUAUAUAACUGUGCAUGGUGCUUUCAAAAGAAAAAAUCAUAAGAAUUGAGCUCAAAUGACCACCAUAUCGCUGACAUGGGCGCAUGGCAGAUAAUGUUAGUAUUAGCUCUGAAGCAAAAUGCUCCCCAACUCCUCCUUAAUAUAACCCCCUUUGAGCAAAGAGCCAAUGACACAGAUGGAUUUUACUUUUGUACUACAUUGGUUUGACUUUUAUCCAACGAUCCCUCUUCUACUUUGCACGAUAUUUUAUAAAACAUAUUAUGUGCCUUGCCUUUAGUUAAGAAUGAUAAUGCGUAAUUUUAAAAGAGUCGAUUAAUUUUUUCUUUAUUUGAUGUAACCAGUGUCACAAAGGAAAAUAAUGCUGCAUGUUUGAUUGCCUGUCAUUAUGAGAAGAAGACUAACAGGUUACCUGAUAGCUGUAGUUUUGGAUGGGCGAGAGGCUUUUUUUUUACCCUCUUCCUCUUCUAAAAGCACUGUAGUUGGCAUGAAAUCUUCGCUGCAUUAUUUUCUUACCGUUUUAUUUCCCUCUUCCGUUCAUGUAAUGAGAAAGUAACAAUCUGUGAAAGAUGCAGUACCAGCUCUCUUCAUAUUCCGUUUUGAUGUUAAGUUUCUCUUAAAUUGUUUAGAUUGUAUGUUAUCAUGUGUUUAAAUCAAUUCGUACCCAUUAUGGAUGUGAAGAGGAGCGGCCAGAGAUGGACAUCUUGAAUAUUAGAUGGCCAUCCUCUAUAAACCCAUGAACUAGUUUUGGUCAGGUUUAAAUUCAACAACUGAGCA